AAACGCCAAAGCCGUGGUCUUCUUUGCUUCUUCGCUUAUUAGGCGGUAGGCCAGCCGCACCCCCCUACCGUCACGCAACCGCGGUAUCCCCUCCAAACAAAGACUCCUCUCCUCUAAACAACUACAAUAAUUUCUCCCGCCAUUUGAAGAGACUCCAGGUAAUAACCCCCAUUAGAUCCGCUCACCGCACAACAACGCAGAUGAUGGAUCUGCCCGUCGUCGAUCUCGGCGCCUACCUCUCGGCCUCUUCUCAGCCGGAGGAGCUCACCGCCCUCUGCGCGGCGGUGAGCAGAUCCCUGAAGGAGACGGGAGCUCUCCUGGUGAAGGAUCCGAGGUGCUCGGCCGAGGACAACGAUCGGUUUCUUGAUAUGAUGGAGAGGUAUUUCGAGAGAUCUGAUGAGUUUAAGCGUCUUCAAGAGCGAGCUAAUCUCCACUAUCAGGUUGGUGUGACGCCUGAGGGGGUGGAGGUACCUCGAAGCCUAGUAGAUGAGAAGUUGCAAGAAAAGAUAAGGAUGAUGCCAGAAGAGUUUCAACCAUCCAUACCUAGAGGACCAGAUCCAAAAUGGCGAUACAUGUGGAGAGUAGGCCCUAGGCCAGAAAACACCCUCUUUAAGGAAUUGAAUUCCGAACCUGUGAUACCUGAAGGGUUCCCUGAAUGGAAAGAAACUAUGGACUCGUGGGGAUAUAAAAUGAUAUCUGCAAUUGAGGUUGUUGCUGAAAUGGCUGCAAUAGGAUUUGGCCUCCCGAAGGAUGCCUUCACUUCUUUAAUGAAACAGGGACCUCACCUCCUUGCUCCAACAGGAAGUGACCUUCAGCGUCAUGGCCAAGAAGGUACUGUAUUUGCUGGGUACCAUUACGAUCUUAAUUUCCUGACUAUCCAUGGAAGAAGCAGAUUCCCUGGCCUAAACAUCUGGUUGAGAAGUGGAGAGAAAGUAGCAGUUAAGGUUCCUGUUGGCUGCCUUCUCAUUCAGAGUGGAAAACAGUUGGAGUGGCUGACUGGCGGAGAUUGUUUAGCUGGAAUGCAUGAAGUCAUCGUGACCAGGGGGACUCUGGAUGCCAUUGCACUUGCACGCCAGCAAAACCGCAGCUUGUGGAGGGUUUCUUCUACUCUAUUUGCCCAUAUUGCUUCCGACGCUGUGUUGAAGCCCUUGGGCCACUUUGCUGAAACAGCAGAUGCUAGUAAAUACCCGCCAACAGUUGCUGGCGAGUUUGUUGAACAAGAGCUUUCGGCAAUCAAUUUGAAGGGGAAGAAGUCUGAAUCUUAAGAACAGAGUCAGAAUUGUGCACAACCGUGUAAUUCUUGAUUCAUGAUAUUUAAACUGGAUGUUUAUGGACACCGAUGAUUAGUUGAUACCUCUCAUUUUCAUUCUGCAGGUUCAUAAUAAGCAUUAAUUCAUUCUUCUGGCAUUCUGUGU